AUGAAUCAUUGGAGCAACAACGACCGACCAAUGGCAAGUGGAACGGGCCCAGCACCGAAUCAGGCCGACACUGUAACAUUCUGGCGCGGCCUGUGGUCAGAGCCCGUAAACCACAGCGAGGGCUCUUGGACGGAAGUUGUGGCGAGUAAGUGUGCGAGUAUAACGCCCAUAGACCCUGUCAUUAUAACGCCGGAUGACGUAGCUGAGGCGGUCCGUAGGGCCCCGAACUGGAAAACUCCGGGACUUGACGGGCUGCAUCACUACUGGCUAAAGGGGUUUGUGAUGGCUUCACGAUCUAGGAUGUUAGUUCAAUUAGCUACAGGUGUUAAAAAUAAUUUAAGUGUACAACUAAGUAAUUCAAACUCUCAGAUAGAUAUUUUAACACAAGAAGAGAAUGAAAAUGCCAAAAGUUCGACCAAUACAUUGCAGACAUCAAAAGAAGACAAAGACAUCGCAUUAAAUUCCAUCCGACCUCGUAGUAAUUCGACUAGUAGCAGCGGUUCCUCUAGUUCUAGCAGUUCUUCGAGUUCCAGCAGUUCUUCAAGCAGUGGCCCAUCUAUGUAUCAAGACAGCGACGACUCGGUAAAGGAUCCUGAUUAUGAAGCCCAACCAACAAAACAUGCUGAGUAUUCUUCUGAUACUGCCGAGGAACAAAAUAUCACUACCAACUAUACAAAUAUUUCGGAUGAUCAUAAUUUGGUAACAUCUAAUAUGGUUUCAAUAAACAUUGAAAACUACGAGGAACCACUUUCGUCUACAAACGAACAUGCUAUGGUAUUCAACGAUCCCGGUGUCAUAGAGAACAGUGAACUUUCUGCGAUUGAAAACGUAAGCAACGAAAAUGCUGCAAGUUCAAUAGUGUAUAAUUCUAGUCCAACUAAAACUGGUAAAAAAAGAAGACUAAAUGAAGCAAACUGGAAAGUUAAUGUAGCUAAACGACUGAGAAAUAGUGAAGAGCAAAAACAGACAAUUUUAAAUGACUAUUGGAGCUUAGGUGCAAUAGAAAAACCAUGGACGUUUAUUGCUAAUAACGUAGACAUAGUCAUCCCAAAACAACGUUACGUUAAAGUUGAUUCGGAUGGAAAUGUUGCAACUAUUAGAAACAACAACAACGCUUUAUUUUUGACUAUUUCGGGUGAAAAAAACAAGAUGGACGAAAGCAUUAAAAAUGGCAUCAAAUUGUUUAUUGAGUCUGUACCAAAGAUUGAGUCACAUUAUAUCCGGGCUAACUCAAAACGAAAUUAUAUUGAUGGUAGUAAAGCUAUCACAGAUCUUCAUAGAGAUUAUGUGGAAAAAUGCAAAUCCCAAAACGUCCCAUAUGGAACCUACAUUACAUUUUAUCGUAUUUUCACACAAGAUUUUAACAUUUCGUUUUUCACUCCUAAAAAGGAUUUAUGCGAUAUAUGCGAAGCCUAUAAAAACAUCACAGAUGAAGAGAAAGAAUCUAAGAAACAAGAUUAUGAAUUACACCUUAAGGAAAAGAAUUUGUCUCGUAUUGAAAAAGAAAAAGAUAAGAACAACAAAAAUAUUUUAGUAGCGGUCUAUGAUCUUCAAGCAGUGUUUCAAUGCCCCAAAGGAGACGUCUCAGUUUUUUACUACAAGUCAAAACUAAAUGUACAUAAUUUAACAAUUUAUAACUUACAAAAUAAUUUAGUUGAGAGUUAUGUAUGGGAUGAGUCUAACGCAAAUAGAGGUGUCAACGAAAUAGCUACCUGUGUUUACAAAUACCUGGAGAAAAUUUCCGCAACGGCUGAAGACCUCGAUGUAGUCUUUUAUUCGGACAAUUGUGCCGGACAGCAAAAAAAUAAGUUUAUGAUCUCAAUGUACACUUACGCAGUCAAAACUCUGCCAAAUCUCAGAUCAAUUACACACAAAUACCUCGUUAAAGGACAUACGCAGAACGAGGGCGAUUCAGCUCACUCUCAAAUAGAGAGAGAAGUAAAAAGGCAACUGAGAUCAGGACCAAUGUAUACACCUGACGCUUUUAUCGGGGCUAUAAAGGCGGCACGGAAAAAAAGCGAGCCAUUUCAUGUCAAUGAAAUGUGUGUCGAUGAUUUUUUUGAUUGGAAAAGUAUAUGCACUCAAAUGAACUUUGCGAUAAUGAAAGAUGAAGACAAUAAUACUGUGAAACUGGCUGGACUCAAGAUAAUUAAAGUUCAAAGCUCUGAUCCCGAUGCCAUAUUUUUCAAAGAAUCAUACGCUGACGAAUUAUUCAAGAAAGCUAUAGUGGUGAAAAAAAAUAGAAAUCGUAAUAGCCAAAGCAUUCAUUUAGAUUUGCAAAAGGCCUAUCUUCAAAAACCUGGACUAGCAGAGAAAAAAAGCUGA